GUCGUGGUGGGGCUGAACCUGAAAUUCUUCAACAUUGACCUUUUUUCGUGAAGCCAGGCAGGACCGUGUCUCCUCUCUUUCAAUUUCAGGUUCUUCUGACACAUUAUGGUUGAAGACAAGUACAUCGGGUUGGCUCUGGCAGUCUCUAGUUCAUUAGCCAUCGGAACGAGUUUCAUCAUCACAAAGAAGGGACUUACUGAUGCAGCGGCACGAAAAUCCUCGUAUGCAUCCGCCUCCGAUGAUUAUGCUUACCUCCGGAAUCCAAUAUGGUGGGCCGGGAUUUCAACUCUGGUGCUUGGAGAAAUCGCAAACUUCGCUGCUUACACUUUUGCUCCCCCGAUAUUAGUGACACCAUUAGGCGCACUUAGCGUGUUAAUCGGUGCCAUACUGGCAUCAUUCCUACUCGACGAGGAGCUUGGGCACUUGGGACGGACGGGAUGUGCCCUGUGCCUUAUUGGUUCUUUGAUCAUUGUUCUCCACGCACCACCAGACAAAGAGGUUCAGACCGUGGAUGAGAUUUUGCAAUACGCUAUACAACCCGGAUUCAUGCUGUAUUGUUUCACGGUCUUCGUCUUCUCGCUCGUGAUGAUAUUCGGCGUUGCCCCGCGCUACGGGCGAUCCAACCCUCUCGUUUACAUAUCUAUAUGCUCCUUAGUUGGUUCCGUGUCUAUCAUGGCCAUCAAGGGUUUUGGUGUAGCCGUUAAGCUCACAUUUGGUGGGAAUAACCAGUUCACCCAUCCGAGCACAUAUGCAUUUGGCAUCGUCGUUGUUGGGUGCAUCAUCGUGCAGAUGAACUUCUUCAAUAAAGCAUUGGACACAUUCUCAACCAAUGUUGUAAACCCCAUGUACUACGUUGGAUUUUCCACGGCGACGAUAGUGGCGUCGCUUAUACUGUUCCAAGGAUUUAAUACGACAGAUGGCACGAACACCGUUACACUCCUCGCCGGCUUCAUUGUUACCUUCCUCGGCGUUCACCUCUUGAAUCUCUCACGGAAACCUGAGCCCCCGAGCAUGCCAAACGGUCACUCCACGCUAGAAAGCGGUCUCAUGAAUCCCCGCAUCAGCCUGCAGGGUCGCAUGUCUCUUGAUGGGUGGGGUGGUGUAUCUGAUGUACGACCAGAUGGGGCCCUGCAGUCCUCUGGCCACGGACGUCGUUCUUCGCUCUAUCGCUCACAGAGCACCACGUUGUUCAAUGCCUUUGAGGGGGAGGAGACAGCUGAUAACAUGCCGCUAUCUCAGUUGCGGGAGAGUGAAGAAGAGUCCGAGUAUGAUAGUGAUGUAGAUGAACGGACUCGAUUGCAUUCAGAGCACCGGAUACGACCGAGUGUCUCUCGAAGUCAUAGCAAUUCCCCGGUACUGCAGGGCAGCGCACGAAAUUCUCCUCGACCAUCAUGAAACUAACUUAGUUAUACCCUCUAAACGGACUAUCAUACUUAAUAGAUGACAAUUUCUUGUGGACCUGAAAA